AUGGACCGCGACCUCCUGCGGCAGUCGCUGAAUUACCACGGGCCGUCCUUGCUGUCCUUGCUCCGGAGCGAGCAGCUGGACAACCCUCACUUCCGGAGCCUCCUGGGGUCGGCGGCCGAGCCUGCCCGGGGUCCGCCGCCCCAGCAGCCAGGGCCAGGCAGAAAAGAGAAGAGAGUCGACAACGCGGAAAUACAAAAAUUCAUUUCCAAAAAGGCGGAUCUGCUUUUUGCACUUUCGUGGAAAUCAGAUGCACCUGCAACUCCUGAAGUUAAUGAAGACGGUGAAGAUUCUUAUGCAGUCAUGCCACCUUUAGAGCAAUUCAUGGAAAUACCUAGUAUGGAUCAGAGAGAGCUGUUUUUCCGAGAUAUUGAGCGUGGAGAUAUAGUGAUUGGAAGAAUUAGUUCCAUUCGGGAAUUUGGGUUUUUCAUGGUGUUGAUUUGUUUAGGCAGUGGCAUCAUGAGAGAUAUAUCUCACUUGGAAAUCACAGCUCUUUGUCCAUUAAGAGAUGUGCCUUCUCACAGUAACCAUGGGGAUCCUUUAUCGUAUUACCAAACUGGUGAUAUCAUUCGAGCUGGAAUCAAGGAUAUCGACAGAUAUCAUGAAAAGCUUGCAGUAUCUCUGUAUAGCUCAUCUCUUCCAUCGAACCUAUCUGGUAUUAAAUUAGGUGUAAUUAGUUCUGAAGAGCUUCCUUUGUACUACAGGAGGAGUGUUGAACUAAAUAGCAAUUCUUUGGAAUCCUAUGACAGUAUCAUGCAAAGUUCCUUGGGAUUUGCUAAUCCGGGAGUAGUUGAAUUCCUCCUAGGAAAAUUAGGAAUAGAUGACUCUAAUCCACCAUCUUUAAUGAGAGGCCUACAAAGCAAAAAUUUCUCUGAAGAUGAUUUUGCUUCUGCAUUAAGGAAGAAACAGUCUUCAUCUUGGGCUUUAAAAUGUGUGAAGAUUGGAGUUGACUAUUUUAAAGUUGGGCGCCACGUGGAUGCUAUGAAUGAAUACAAUAAGGCUCUGGAAAUAGACAAACAAAAUGUGGAAGCUUUGGUAGCUCGUGGAGCAUUAUACGCAACAAAAGGAAGUCUGAACAAAGCAAUAGAAGACUUUGAACUUGCAUUGGAAAACUGUCCAACUCACAGGAAUGCAAGAAAAUACCUCUGCCAGACACUUGUAGAAAGAGGAGGGCAGUUAGAAGAAGAAGAAAAAUUUUUAAAUGCUGAAAGUUACUAUAAGAAAGCUUUGGAUUUGGAUGAGACUUUUAAAGAUGCAGAGGAUGCUUUGCAGAAACUUCAUAAAUAUAUGCAGAAAUCUUUGGAAUUAAGAGAAAAACAAGCUGAAAAGGAAGAAAAGCAGAAAACAAAGAAAAUAGAAACAAGUGCAGAAAAGUUGCGUAAGCUCUUAAAAGAGGAGAAAAGGCUAAAGAAAAAAAGAAGAAAAUCAACUUCUUCCUCUUCAAGUGUUUCUUCUGGUGAUGAAUCAGUUUCUUCAUCAUCAUCCUCUUCCUCUUCUGGUCACAAAAAGCAUAAGAAACAUAGGAGGCAUCGCUCAGAGUCUUCUCGAAGUUCCAAAAGGCAUUCAGCUAAGGCAUCCUCAGAUCAGAUAGAUCAGAAUAGGAAAGAUGAGUACUUCCCAGUUCCAGCCAAUACGUCAGCGUCUUUUCUUAACCAAAGACAAGAAGUGGAAAAACUACUGGAAAAGCAAGAUAGGGUACCAUAUCAGAAGAAGCAGGUAAAAGAGAAAGAUAGAUGCUCAGUCUCUUCAUCUUCAGUUGAAAUUCCGGAUGAUUUUGGAGGUAGGUCUGAAGAUUCAAGAGAUUUUUACAAUAGCUAUAAAACUCAGGCAGGUAGUAGCAAAACGGAAAAGUCAUAUAGAUAUGAAAGACAUUUUUCCAAUAGAAGGGAUUCCUCAGAUUCCUUCUCUAGGAAUCCAGAAGACAAGUUAAAAAAUUAUGGUUAUAGAAAAUUUGAAAAAGACACAGAUGGAAGGAGAGAGCACUAUAGAAAGUGGGAGCCGGGUUCAAUGAGGUAUUCCACUUCCCCAGCAAGCUCUGACUACUCUUCUAAGUCAGUUGAAAAGUAUAAAAAAUGUAAUUAUUCUGGAUCACGUGAUUUCAAUAGACAUGAGCAAAGAUAUCAAUUAAGUAAAAGUCAUAGAGAAUAUGAAAGAGAGGAUAAUUGUGAGGAGAGUAUUAAACCAGAGGCUCCAGAAGAAGAAGAGCUAAGUAGCAAGGAGCAUUCAGAAAGUGGAGCUAAAAAAAAUUUACCUCAGAAUUUACUCAAUAUAUUUAAUCAGAUAGCUGCAUUUGAGAAAGAAAAAGGAAAUAAACAAAAAAAGUAA